AGCUAGCUGGCGGCGCAAGCACGCAGCCAAGCCGAGCCACGUUGUCGCUGUGGCACAAAUUAAUCGAUGCUGCAAUCCCAGUUAGCAAGAACGCCGUUACUGCAGCUGUCAGGCUGUGCAGUGCCUGCAGCCCUGACAGCCAGGUGCCGCAGCGAUGCAAAACGUGACGCGUAGACACUGUGCUCAUAGCUGCCAGCCUCUGCUGUGCAGCUCUCGUGUCGCAGCAAUGCAAAACGUGACACGUAGACUUGCAGCUCUCGUGCCGACAAUUGCUAGGACGCGCCGACAUCUAGCCACGCAAAAACAAGGCGACUGGACAGCCGUGGCGGCGCGCGACUACGCCUCGCACCGCCAGACGUUCCAGGCCGACUACGCGCGCGAGUGCUGGCAGCGCCUCAGUUCCAGGCCGGCCGUCGCGCCCGUCGUCGCGCGGGCGGCGCGCGUCCUCGACGUCGGGUGCGGCUCGGGCGAGUUUACGCGGGAGCUGGCGAGCCAUCUGCCGCACGCGUCAAUCGUGGGCGUCGACAUCUCGGAAGGCAUGGUGCGGCACGCGGAACGGGCGAACGCCCACGAGCGCGUGAGCUACGCUGUGAUCGAUUUUGCGAACCAAGUCCCCUUCCGUGGCGAGAGCUUCCAGGUCGCGACGUCGACGAUGGCGCUGCAUUGGCCCGGGCCCGACGCAGCGUUCUUGGCCGGCGUCUCUCGUUUCAUCGAGCCGGGCGGCGUCUUCUUGGCGGGCCUGCACGGCCAAGGCUCGUGUCAAGAAGGGGUCGACGCCUUCGAGAAGGUCGCGGGCCUAGACUUGGAGAGCCUCCCCACCAUGUUCAAGCGCCGCUCCGCGGCUGCGUGGGAAAAAGCUCUGUGCGAUGCGGGCUUCUUCGACGUCGAGGUAGAGGAGCGCACGGUCGCGACGCGCUACGCCUCGGUGGAGGAUUGUCAAAGGCGCCUUGCCGCGGCCUGGCCCCCGAUCUUAGCCGGACACGUCCCGGCCGCGGACGUCGACGCCCUCGUCGCGGCGGCGGCGCGGGCAAUGAUGGACGCCGGUGGAGUCAUGACGAGCCGGCUGCUCGAGUUCUCGGCGUUCGACAGUGGUGUACCUGACGCUUUUCGACCUUGAGGCUCUCAAUGGCUCGCUGUGGUAGCAAUUGUGCAAUUGUGAAAAAACCGAGCUAGCGGC